GGCUACGCGGCGUGGUGCGCGGCUCUCAAGGAGCAGGAGCAGGCCGAGCGUCUGAGCGAGGCGUUCUGGAGGAUGGACAGUGAUGGCAACGCGCCGAGAAGGCAAGUGCGGACAAGAAGCAGGCUGCAGGGUCUGGCAGGCAAGCAGAGAAGCCGAUCAAGUGGAGGGCGCUCGGUGAGGACGCUGAGAUGCAGUCGGGGAGGACAUGCUGAACACGGACGAUCCGGCUGA